UUUAUAAUAAUUAAAACUGCAAAAAAAUCACUACAUGCGCGUCAUCUGUCGUAGCCUACAUGAAUAAAUGUGACUAGUAUUUUGCCAUGUUCCAACAUGUUAACAGAUAAUCUGUCAAAGUCACUCUGAAUUCUGAAACUUAUGAAUGAAUAUAAACAAGUGUACAACGGUUGAACAGUCCGAAAACUGUAUUUUUUUUUUAUUACGUACAUGAAGAAGAAGCUGAGUAUUUUAUUAAUUUGAGCAUGGACACGGCGAGAUCAGAUUCUGAGUUACCAAAUAAAAUGGCACUUUUGGAUAUAAUGGAAGUGGGAGAGAGUAGCGUUGAAAGUGUAGUGUCAAACCCACCUUCUCGUGUUUUAAGAAAACGAAAAUGUUUGGCUCCCGAGCCGAGCAAAUCUUCUAAUCGCAGAGUUAGUAUGAAACCACGUAAACAUAUUAGCAUAACUGAAAAUGCAAACCCAAAACAAAUAGAAGCAUUAUACCUUAAUAAAAAAAUUAAAACUUUGACUCAAACUUUAGAGACUAUAUAUGAAGAGCCUAAAUCAAAUAGUUCUGAAUGUGAUAACUUCAUUGGAGGAAGAAAAGUUAAGAGACUAUUGACCUUCCAAAUAGGUAGUCAGUAUACAAAAGAAAAAAUUAAGAAACGCAGGGCCAAGAUCAAGAAACUUUUAGGUAACAAAUCUUUUGUUAAUAGGAAAAAAAUUCCAAUGAAUGUAUUUCUGAAAACGAUUGAAUGUCUGGAACUUGAUGAAGCUGUUCACUCUGAUAAUAAAACCGUAGAUAGUGCAACUGUAUGAUGAUUCAGAAUUUACCUAUGGUAUUAUUAUAGACAUGCAUUAAAUCAAUUUAUAAUCACU